GUGCUGUGAGUGCCUGAGGUGCUGUGGCAGGAGGGACCCCAGGCCUCGCAGCGUCUGGCUCGGGCACCCAGAGAAGAGAGAGCAGAGGUACCCCCGCAAUGUCAUCAACAACCAGAAGUACAACUUCUUUACCUUCCUCCCUGGGGUGUUGUUUAACCAGUUCAAAUACUUCUUCAACCUUUAUUUCUUGCUCUUGGCCUGCUCUCAGUUCGUGGUUGAGAUGAGGCUUGGUGCACUUUACACAUACUGGGUUCCUCUGGGGUUUGUGCUGGCUGUCACCAUGAUCCGCGAGGCGGCCGAGGAGCUGCGCUGCUACAUGAGGGACAAGGAGGUGAACUCGCAGAUCUACAGCAAGCUCACAGCCAGAGGGACUGUCAAGGUGAAGAGCUCUAACAUACAAGUGGGUGACCUCAUCAUUGUGGAAAAGAACCAGAGGGUCCCUGCUGACAUGAUCUUCCUGAGGACGUCGGAGAAGAAUGGCUCCUGCUUCCUGCGCACGGACCAGCUGGACGGGGAGACCGACUGGAAGCUGCGGCUGCCUGUCACCUGCACCCAGCGCCUGCCCACGGCCUCUGACCUGCUGCAAAUCCGCUCCUAUGUCUACGCAGAGGAACCCAACAUUGACAUCCACAACUUUGUGGGGACCUUCACCAGGGAGGACAGUGACCCUCCAGUAAAUGAAAGUUUAAGCAUAGAAAACACCCUGUGGGCCAGCACAGUGAUUGCAUCAGGUACUGUGGUGGGAGUUGUCCUCUACACGGGCAGGGAGCUGCGCAGUGUGAUGAACACCUCCAACCCCAGAAGUAAGAUUGGCCUCUUUGAUUUGGAGGUGAACUGCCUCACCAAGAUCCUGUUUGGGGCUCUGGUGGUGGUGUCCCUGGUCAUGGUGGCCCUCCAGCACUUUGCAGGCCGUUGGUACCUGCAGAUCAUCAGGUUCCUGCUGCUGUUCUCAAACAUCAUUCCCAUCAGUUUGCGUGUGAAUCUGGACAUGGGGAAGAUUGUGUACAGCUGGGUGAUCCGCAGAGAUUCCAAAAUCCCUGGCACUGUGGUUCGGUCCAGCACCAUCCCUGAGCAGCUGGGGAGGAUUUCCUAUUUGCUUACAGACAAAACAGGGACUCUCACCCAGAACGAGAUGGUUUUCAAGAGGCUUCACCUGGGAACAGUGGCCUACGGCCUGGACUCCAUGGACGAGGUGCAGAGCCACAUAUUCAGCAUUUACACACAGCAGGCACAGGACCCCCCGGCCGUGAAGGGGCUGUCCCUGGCCACCAAGGUGCGGCGCAGCAUGAGCAGCCGCGUGCACGAGGCCGUCAAGGCCAUCGCGCUGUGCCACAACGUCACCCCCGUCUACGAGAGCAACGGCGUCACCGACCAGGCCGAGGCCGAGCGCCACUACGAGGACUCCUGCAGGGUGUACCAGGCCUCCAGCCCCGACGAGGUGGCCCUGGUGCAGUGGACAGAGAGCGUGGGCCUGACCCUGGUGGGCAGAGACCAGUCCUCAGUGCAGCUGAGGAGCCCAGGGGGGCACAUCCUCAACUUCACCAUCCUGCAGAUCUUCCCCUUCACCUACGAGAGCAAGCGCAUGGGCAUCAUCGUGCGGGAUGAAUCCACAGGAGAGAUCACGUUCUACAUGAAGGGGGCAGACGUGGUGAUGGCUGGCAUCGUGCAGUACAACGACUGGCUGGAGGAGGAGUGUGGUAACAUGGCUCGGGAAGGCCUCAGGGUUCUUGUCGUGGCCAAGAAGUCUCUGACAGAAGAGCAGUACCAAGACUUUGAAGCACGCUACGUCCAGGCCAAGCUGAGUGUCCACGACCGCUCCCUGAAGGUGGCCACGGUCAUCGAGAGCCUGGAGAUGGAGAUGGAGCUGCUGUGUCUCACUGGGGUGGAGGACCAGCUGCAGACAGACGUCAGGCCCACGCUGGAGACGCUGAGGAACGCUGGCAUUAAGGUGUGGAUGCUGACAGGGGAUAAGCUGGAGACAGCCACGUGUACGGCCAAGAACGCUCAUCUGGUGACACGGACACAGGACAUCCAUAUAUUCAGACUAGUGACAAACCGAGGAGAAGCCCACCUGGAGCUGAACGCCUUCCGCCGCAAGCACGACUGUGCCCUGGUCAUCUCGGGGGACUCGCUGGAGGAGAGGACGGGCAAGCUCACCUGUGCCGUGGGUGAUGGAGGGAAUGAUGUUAGCAUGAUUCAGGAGGCUGACUGUGGUGUUGGAGUUGAAGGAAAGGAAGGGAAGCAGGCAUCACUGGCAGCUGAUUUCUCCAUCACUCAGUUCAAGCACCUGGGCCGGUUGCUCAUGGUCCAUGGAAGGAACAGCUACAAGAGGUCUGCAGCCCUCAGCCAGUUUGUGAUCCACAGGAGCCUCUGCAUCAGCACCAUGCAGGCUGUUUUCUCAUCAGUGUUUUACUUUGCUUCAGUUCCUCUCUACCAAGGCUUCCUCAUCAUUGGGUACUCCACAAUUUACACCAUGUUUCCUGUGUUUUCUCUUGUCCUGGACAAGGAUGUGAAGUCUGAAGUUGCAAUGUUGUACCCAGAGCUCUACAAAGAUCUUCUUAAGGGACGACCGUUGUCAUACAAAACGUUUUUAAUCUGGGUCUUGAUAAGCAUUUAUCAAGGUAGCAUCAUCAUGUAUGGAGCUCUCCUCCUCUUUGAAUCCGAAUUUGUGCACAUUGUUGCCAUUUCCUUCACGUCCCUGAUCCUCACCGAGCUGCUGAUGGUGGCCCUGACCAUCCAGACGUGGCACUGGCUGAUGAUCGUGGCUGAGCUGCUCAGCCUCUCCUGCUACAUCGCUUCCCUGGUCUUCUUGCACGAGUUCAUUGAUGUUUACUUCAUUGCCACCUUGUCGUUCCUGUGGAAGGUCACUGUCAUCACCCUGGUGAGCUGCCUGCCCCUCUACGUGCUCAAGUACCUGAGACGGAGGUUUUCUCCCCCCAGCUACUCGAAGCUCACGUCCUAGGGCUGCUGCUGCUGGCACACAGAGACAGGCAUUGCCCAGGGCCCCGAGACCCCCCAGCUGCUCCCCAAUGAGCAGUCCUGGCCCUCAGGGCCCCGUGGUGAUCUCUGGUACCUGCUGCUGCGGUGAGGCACUUCCAGACUGCCCUGGACGGGACCCCAACACCACAAGGGACUGUUUGGAGGGUGGAGGCUCUGAGUUCAUCCGGUUCUUGGCACUUUUGUUCUACUUAACUGGGGUCAAAUGCAUGGAACUGCGAUGGCAAUGGGUUUCUCUUGCAUGGUUCAAAGUCUGUGGAAGCUGCUACCUGACCUUGGGAUUUACAUUUGACAAUUUGAAGUGAAUUUUUUAAGUGUCUACACUGUCCUUUGCAUUGUGUUACCUUUUGUUAAGUUUAUGUUAUUCGUCUUUUUUGAUUCAAGUAGUUACAUUCUUUUUACAUCUUGGAAAUCCCUUAAUGUAGGUGAUGCACUACACUGCUGACAGCUGAUUCCUGAUUUAUGGCAUGUUGUUUCCAUAAUGGGGCUCCAGCCUGUCGGAUCUACACACACUGGAGAAUCUGAGCGUGUCUGAGAUUUUCCUUCCGUUGAAAUGUGGUCACCCCAGUGACUUUGGAGGUAUCCAGCCAUUGAUAAAGACAGAAAAGUGGUAGCUCAAAACGAGAAAAUUCAGUUUUGUUUAGCUUUUGUCCUUCCUGUUAAAAGGAGCAGUGACAUAAUAGUUUCACUCUGUAUUUAUUUGUGUAGGAGAAAAUUAUCUAAACUAAAGCAAAUCCUCUUUGGAACAGAACUUUGCAGUUGAUCAUCCUUGAAAUGUGUCGACAACGUGAGAAGAGUCUCGUACUGUUCUGCAGACAAUGUGGCAGACGUGUCUUGAAUCCUUGGAGACUGAAAGGAGAGGUCACAGAGCUGCUACUCCUCACAGCUCCAUGAAAUCUGUUUCCUGUUAGUGUGAAACUUUGAGGAUGAGCUGCAAGUAAGCAGAGGCACUCCUAGGUGGAUGUUUUAAUGACAUGCUCCCUGCAGAGAGGCACUUUUUGGAGCCUUGCACUUGCUUGGCUCUAAAAACCAAACCUGAAUCACAAGAGUGGGUUCAGACAAAGGCAUUAGGCUGAGUGCAGAGCAAAUUUAUGUGUUUUUCAUUCACAAAAAUUAAACUCGGUGAGUUCUGUCAUUAUUAUAAUUAUUUAGUCCACAUUAUAAUUUCAUGAGGAGAGCCACACGUACUUGGGCUUCUCAGUAGAAGGACAGAGACUUACAGGGACCUUUUAGAGCUGAGUUGGUGCAUCAAGCAUGGAUGGGCUUUUAGUGGCAGCCAUCCUUGUCUGAGGCUCCUCAGUCUGUGCUAAAUUAGCUGCUUGCUGUCUUCUUCCCACAUCAGAGAAACCAUGGGUGGAGCUGGCACUGCUUGGGACCCUUGUUACUUGGCUGCCCGGGGGGAGAGAGCCCAGGCCUGAGCUCCUGUCCCAGAGCAGAACCAGGGCCUGGGCUCCUGUCCCGGAGCAGAACCAGGGCCUGGGCUCCUGUCCCAGAGCAGAACCAGGGCCUGAGCUCCUGUCCCAGAGCAGAACCAGGGCCUGAGCUCCUGUCCCGGAGCAGA